AUGAGGAGGGUUCAAGGCUUUACGCUAGAAGUACAAAAUGACAAGCAGGGAACUUCAUUUCAGUACGUCGCCAACUUCACAGAAGAAAAGAUGAUUUGUGGAAUUAAUUUGACAAGUAUAACAAAUGAAAGACCCAAAAUAGAGAUGAUCAUUGCAGAGAGCGAUGAGGAGACUUUCCCUAUUGAUUUUUCCAAUGACAUUGGUAUGCAAUGGUUUAAAACAUGCUUUCGAGCACAAAAAAUGACCUUUAGCUUAUCUGGUUUGGAAACUAAAGGAAGUCUAACUUUGUAUGAACUAGCAGAUAACGCGUUGUUAAUGGUAGAUCGUAUCGCCGUUUUAGGAUUUUAUCACAAGGAGGAACCCAGAGUAAGUAAAUGGGAAUUUCUGAACGACUACUCACCGGAAGAAGUGCUGAACAUCAUGAGACCAGUGCUGCAAAAAGCUAGGUCUGCAGGAGAGGUGGCAGUUCGGAACCUCUCGUCAAGUAUCCGUAAGAAAGAGAGUGCAACCGACUACCGGAAGUCAUCAAAAGGAAUAGGAAUUCUGGGAGGUUGUCUUCUUGGAUUAGUUUUCAUGAUCAUUUUUGUGUCUGAUGUAUUCAUUAUCAAAGCCCACUUGAAAGCCAUGUAUGGCAAUGUUUUAAGACUAUUUAGACCAUCGCCAAUUGUGCAUAUUUACAAAUAAGUUGAUUGAUCAAUGCAUGUG